CGCAAUAUUGCAGUCGGCCAUUUUAAUUUUAAACGAUUAAAAAUAUAUUUAGAAAUCGAUCAUUUUUAAUGGACAGGCCUGAGUGCCAUAUUGAAUUCUUUAUCAUUAUGCAUAAAUAGGAUUAAAUCAUUGUUUAUUUAUAUAGUUAGCAGUCAUCAUGCAGAACUUUCUAAACCUUGGGAUUGGAUAACGGAAUUGUAGUGUUGAACCAUGGAUCCCUCCAAUGGAGGCCAGAAUGCAAUGUCUAAUGACCCUGGUCUGUAUGGUCAACAGACCGCCCUGGCCAGUGCUGGGAUGUACAAUCAGAUGAUGAUGGGUGGGUACAGCACAAACGCAGGAUCCGGAGUGGAAAGAUUAUCCGUGCAAUGUGAUAUGGUGAAUUCACAAGUGAAUGUUUUGCCAUCCAUGGGAACGUUUAUUGGUCAGCCCAGUUAUUCUAAUUGUCUUACAAUGCAAGGCCAGCAAUCGCCACAUAUUGCACGACUGGGCAUGCAGAACCUCCCAGCUUAUCCCAACAUGGCCCAGAAUGUGUGUGUUCCAUCAAAUAAUACGCUACCAAGUUUUGGACAUUGCUUUUUAACCCCAUCUUUCAAUCAACAGCAAACACAGCUUCCUCAACAAGUUUUUAACACAAACCAAGACAGAAUGACCGGUGGAUUUCAUGUGAUUUCUAACCAUAUGCCGAGCAUGGCAAUGACUAUGACAUCAACUGCAAAUCCAAUAUAUAUGUCUGGUACGACUUUGAUAAAUAAUAGUGCUUAUGUUCCAAAAUCUAGUGCUACUGAAAGUUUAUGUGCUACGAUAGCCAGUUCAGUGAGUAAACAGAGUCAAAAUACAAGUGUUUACAAUGUGAUCUCAAGCAUGCCGCAGAAGACGUUUCCUCAGCGACAGAAAUCUCGGGAGUCGGUGGAGGAAAAUGUGGUCUCUUCAACUUGUUCAACGUUAACUUCUCCUGUUGUUCCAGUACCUCCUGCAAUGGAGGUUCCAUCUCAAAACCAGAUGGAUGUGACUGAAGAAAAUGUGAAUAUAAAAUCAAGCGAAGGAGUGCUGCAGCAUAUCACGCCAAAAGUUAGUGUUGACAAAGUUUGUGACAAAAUUCCGGAGCAAGAGUUUGCCCCUGAAACAGAUCUGACACUUAGUGUGAAAGAAGAGACGGCUCAGGUUGUGGUCCCUUUGGGAUGGAGAAGAGAGAAAAAAGAUGGUGCUAUUGUUUAUUACAGUCCAAGUAAUGUGCCAUUGUGUUCAGUGGAGGAGAUAAGCCAGUAUUUACUGUCGGACUCUACGUGUAAGUGUGGUCUGGAGUGCCCUGUGAUUGUUAGUAAGACGUUUAAUUUUGAUCUGUCAGUGGAUUCUAAGGUCUGGAGUCUGGACAUGACCAAGUCUUCAGAGGACCUGAUGAAUCUCUGUAACCACAGACGUAAAAUUAUCAACAUGGCCACGGCAUUCCACGGCUCUAUGCUGACCGGUGUGGAGGAGGUGGGGAGCAGUAUUGUGACCCAGGGCUCAAAGUCAACUGACAAAAGUAAAAGCAAAAAGAAACGAAGCAGAGCUGGUAGCUAUAGUACACCUUAUGACAGAGUCCGUGUAGCUGACCUGAUAGCAGAAAGGGAUAGACUAAGGUCCGAGGAGGAAACGCUGGCCAGGCAGUCCAGUAAGGAGUCCAGCGACAAGCCAGGCAUGACCACUGUUGGUGUCCAGUCUCCACUGGACCUUGCAAAAUCACCACCUCCUAACAGUUCCAAGCCAGGCCUUAUGUCUCCUACAAUACCCCAAACAAACCCCCUUCAGACUCGACUCCAGACAGUGUCAGACGCUUCACAGUUUUAUCCUCCGCAUUUAUCUUCCUUGCAGUCUGUAGGAAUGUUACCAAACACCUACACACAGACUAUAGCCGAUGCCAUGAAUGCAGCUAGAAGCAGCAGUGUUCAGUUACCAAGUCAGUCUCCAGCAUAUUACACCACAGGGAGUGUUCAUCCUCAACCAAUGGGCAAUCUCCCGCCUUUAGGAAGCCCUCCCAUGGGCCCCCAUGGUUUCAACAUGUUUUCUAACCCUGGCUUUGGGUUGCAGCUUGGUUACAUGGACAAGAGAGGUAAUACUUCCUAUCCCAUGCCCUAUACCAAACCCUCAAUGUAUCGAUUCACAAACCCUGCACUCUCAGACCUUAUUGACCCAGCUUCGUGGACAGAGAAAAAGAAACCAAGACCUAAAAAACCAAGGGCUAAAAAAGAUAAAAAGAAAACAACCACUGUGUUUGAAAGCGACACACCACCACCCAAUGUGGAUGUGAGUGUACUCAAAGAUCAAGGACAUGGACCAAUACCCAAGGUCAAAACCUCUACUCCCUCCAGCCAGUUUCUAGAUAACCCAACAGGGUAUAUAGCUGACCAGACAUCCAUGAUAAAGACUACUCUAGCAUCUAAUUGUCAGGAUUCAAAAGAAAACCCCAGCACCUCCCGAGUUUCUAGUGCAUUCCCCACAUCUAGUUCUUCCAAUUUUGGAAGCGCUAGUGACAAUCUUGAUGUUAGUACAAACGUGGUGGUUCACACGUCUCAGACGGAGAGACCGGAGCUGAGUAUUUCUAUAACAGACACCACAAUGAGAGCCCUGUCCAUGAGUGAUAACACUUUCACUGAGGAUCGCUGUCAUUCGUUGUCACCCAGUGACUCUAAUGGAGAAUGCCCAGCUGAGACGAUGAUGCCCACUUCCAUUGUGCAUCACACUGGUAAAGCAGAAGUUCCAAAAGUGGAAGUCAAAGUCUCUGAGAGCAUUAAAACCACAGAAAUUUCAAGUCUUGCAACAAUACCAAUGCAGGCACUCAAUACCGUUAAUUCUAAGCAGAGUGAUGGUACAGUGUUACCAAAUUUCAGCACCAUACAGCAGUUGUUAGGAUAUAACAUGUCCAAUCAAUUUCCUGCCAGUAAAAUGUUGUCUGCUGCUGCCCGGGCUCAAAUGGCUCAGAAGACCACUGUGUUACCAGCAGAUUUAAACAGUGUUCAAGUGACUCAGCAGUUGCUGUCAUCAUUUCAGAAGAAUUUUAUGGAGAAACCUGGAGCCAAUGUUGGUCUUGUAGCAAGUGAACAAGAAGCCCUGAAACUUCUUGCCCAGAAUGCAACACUGGUCUCUUCAACCGUGUCAGAAAUUCUACCAGUGUCACUACAUAGCAGCUCAAGUGCUGGAGGUUUGAAAAUUUCAGCAAGUGCAAAUCCCACAUUGUCUGUGGAUUCUCAAAUCCCAAGUGUCAUGUUGCAAUCAGGGUCUCAGCCACAAAUCAGCACUGCAGUAACAAAUGCUUUCACUGUUUUAAACAAUACCCAGCAAACACCACAGCAGAUCCUUAGUUCCCAUAAUGCAUCAUUACUAAGUACCCAGACGACGCCAAUUGCAUCAACACAAAUGGUCUCACCACUUCCUGUGGGUAGUACCCAGUCAUCUCAAAUCACAGGAUCACAACCAACUAUGGUCCACACUCAAACUGCCCAGAUUGCAGGAACGCAGCAAACCCCAAUAAUCUACACUCAAGCCAAUUCAAUCCUAACCACACAAACAACUCCCAUAAUACACACCCAAACUACACCAAUUAUUAACACACAGGCAACUCCAAUCAUGAACACACAAAAUUCACAAUUUUUGUCUGCUGUUGGAAAUAUUAAUCAAAAUGCUGUUAUGUUAUCCAAUCCAGCUUUGAACUGUGCACAGAAUACCUCUGUGUUUAACCCAGUGAUGAACCCCUCCUCUCUGAUGAUGCCAGGAAACCUCACCUAUACACCAGAACAAUGCAUGCCUGCUAACUUUAACCUUGGGGGAGUUGGGAAUCAGCAGAUUAUGGGAAAUAACUCCAAUGUUUGUAUCAAACCUUUAGGACAGUUCAUCAACAUGGACACAAACCAGAUCAAGCAGGCAUUACCAACCCAGUCCUGUGAUCUCUCCCAGAGCAAUCUACCAUCAGGGUUACCAACCCCACCAGGUCAACUGUUGGUCUUACCAAAUCUUCAGAUGCCUCUGGUCCAAGUGUUUGGUAAUGGUCAGAAAAAUGGAGCACCUGACAUCAACUCUCUUCUAUCACAGCUGCAGACAAAUCUGGCACCCAUGUUUAAUGCACAACAAGUUUGGAACAAUCUGACAACAGGCAGCAACUUGACUGCAAUGCAGCUGCAAACUCUGCAACUUCAGCAACAGCUUCUACAACAGAUUCAACAGCUCCAAGGUAUGCAGUCUCUAAUCAGCCAGUUUAAUGCCGGUGAUAUGAGUAAGCUUCCCGCCCAGUUUCCUAUGGAAGUGGACAGGAAGGACAGCAAUGCUUUGUCCAUGGUUACCAUGGUGAAUGAUGUCUCCACGACAACAGAGUCACCUCCUUUGCAGAGUCAAGAAAAUGAUGAAGAAUCCAACAUGGAGGUAGGGUCAGAGGUCACCAGUACCCAUGUUGGAAAUGCUGAAUCUCAAAAUGUGGAUAGCACAGGAGAGGAAUCUCAGAAUGCAGAAAUGGAGGACAAGAGUUCAGACAUCCAGAUGGAUUUGGAUUCUGGAACAUUACCAAAGAAAGAGCUGGAAAAGGACCAGGAAACACCAGAGAAUGUAAUGAUAAUAGAAGACUUCAUGGAGAAUACAGACACUCAGCAUUCCAGUAUAGAGGAGGAAAACUGCAGUGUUACCCCAGGGGUGUCUGAAGACUAUGAAGAAAAUUCUUUCCAAGAGUUUGUUGAUGAAGGUGAUUCAAGAAUUCAGAGCAGCACACAAAGAAUUCUGUCAAAAGAAGAAGGUUGUGACACAAGCUCAGUUAGAGUGUCUUUAAGUAAAGAAAGAAUGCAACACAACAAAAAGGAGGGUAAUGCUGAAGCAGAAAGUAGUAUGUUAGAGAGGAAAAGUGAUGUAGACACUGAGAAAAAGGCCAGCAGCAUACAGGAAGAGAAUUAUAACACUGGUAAUGACUAUAUGUGUGUGCCAGACUCCAGCCAAACUGGAGAAAACACCAGCAAGCAGUCCUGUGUUCCUCCUCUGGUGACAAGCAGUACAAAACAUUCCAAAAACACAGUAGAAUCCACCUCUGAGCCACCAGCAAUCAAACAAGAAGAGGAUUCCAACGUUACUAAAGGGGUUAAUGGAGGGGUAACUUUUAUUGAAGGAGACCUGAUUUGGGGACAGAUCAGGGGUUUUCCUUCUUGGCCCGGUAAAGUGGUGCCCCCUUGUGAGGUCAUUGACCCGGAACCACUGGAAAUGGGAAAGAUCUGGGUGAAGUGGUAUGGUGACCACACCUUUACUCAGGUGGAACAAGACAAACUGAAAUCUCUGGAGAAUGGACUGAAGGCGCACCAAAGACAGAAAAACAGGAAGGGUCGGAAGAUGAAUUCAAAUCUGGAGGCUGCAAUACAAGAGGCAUUAGCAGAUUUAGGUCAAAUUACCGACAGCAAUAUUAACAGCAAGGGAAAGACAAGCAAGAAAAAGCGGGUCAGAUAGCAGGAGCGAAGAAGAAGGGAGAAUGCCAUCUGAUUUGUCUUAGAGUUUAGAUUAAGAGAACCUAUUAAUUACAUGUAAGCUACAGGAAGAAUAAUUAACAAAUUGAUUAUUUAAGAUUGACAUACAAGUAAGGUUUAUCGAUCUUAUUUCUAUUCAUGGUAUUUUGCAAUCAUAAUUUUUGUUUUGAUUUCAUUAAUUAAAAAAAAAACGAGAAUUAAUAGCUUAUUGACACGUUAUUUUUUUUCAAUUUUUUAAGGGGAAUAAAAGCAACAUAAAUGUGAAAUUUAUUUUGAAAAAAUACCAUACAUGCAAACAAUAAUGUUAGCAUUUCUUUUGUUAAUUGAUCAUUGAUAAAAGCCCUUCAUCUAUGCAUAUAGUUAGUUUAAGUACAGAAAAUGUACUGUUGCCAAAAAACGAUAUGAGAAAUGUCUGUUUUGAAGAUAUUCUUGAGAUAAUGCAUAAUAUGUUCUAUAUGUACUCUUCAUACAAUCUUGUUUCUCACUUGCAUAUCAUCUUUGUAAUGUACUCUUCAUUCCAACCAAUCAAAAAUUGAAAAUAUUUUUUAUUGAAUUUUGCAGAAGUGAAUUUAUAAAAAUACUUUGAUACGAAUUUACUUGAUGAAAUAUAUACAUGUCUGUAUAUAAUAAGUUCUCAUACAGGGGAUGUUCGUCCUGUUAGCUAUUAAUAAAUAUUUCUGAUUUUUGAUUGGCUGGAGAUAUAAUAGAUCUGGGAAUUACUGGGUCCUUGCAGACCAUUGGCUGUGAUAUGUCUACGAAAAUGGCUAUGUACAGAUAAAUUUGAGAUAUAUAUAUUACAUAUAUAAGUAUCGUAAUAAGGUGUGGUGUACAGCAAUGCUUUCUACGCCUCAGUCUCGAUGAUUUGGAGUUGUACCAUUGUACCACUUGCCUGCUUCCAGUUUAAAAGGGAGGCAACUGUUGAAGUGUAUUUAUAGAGCUCAUAGGUCGUAGUUCAAAAGUGAAGUUUAUUUGGGAAUUGUCUAGAGCCAAAACUGAUAAGUUUCUCAAAUAUGUUUUUCAUGCAUUCAGUCAUUAUACUCUUGUUUUGAAUUUAAUGUUUUAAACACUUUAUUUCGGAUUGAGGGUUACUGAAAUCUAAUAUAUAUGUACAGUAAAAGGUUCUGAGAAACUAAUUGAUCUUAUAUAUCUGUAAGAGGAACAUAGUCAAAAGUCUUCAACAAGAUUUGUAAAAGUUUAUUUUGGGAAUUUUUAAAAGUUUCCUUAUGACUAAGAUUUCCUAAUAAGAAAAUUAAAAAAAUCUAGUUUUACUGUAGUUGCAGAAAGUAGAUGUAGGAAAGCAUCUAUGGUGAAAGUAUUUUUCUAUGGAAAAUACUGUUUAAUAAUGAUAUACUUAAAUGUUUAUCAAAAUUAUUCCAUUAUACAUUGUAAAUAAACUUUGUACAGCAUUUAAUUGUAGAAAACCAUUAUUUGUUAUUCCUCAGCACCAUAUCUUCAGUGCGACCUUCUAUGUGCCAUGCUUGAUAUAUAUGUGUGUAAUAUUAAUUAUACUUGUGUUGUAUAAAGUACUUAUAUUUACAUUUUACACGGGAACCUUGUGUUGAUCAUAGGGUAUAUUUCUGACAUUUUACAUUUCUGUCUACUUGUGUUUUUUUUUUUUUGGUUGAAGGCUGUUGUUAAUUUUUUGAAAAGAAAAAAACUCUCCUUGAGUGGGUUAUUUUUGAUAGAUAAAUUGCUAUGUAAUUUAUUAGUUAUAUAUAACAGUUACAAUGGUACAGUUUAUUUACCCUUAUUUGUUAAUACUACAGCAGAAUGGAGCAUUUUCAGCUUAUAACUUUUUACAUAUACAUAUGUGUAUGUAAAUGUUUGUGUGAAGUUAAAACAUUAUUUGUGAUAACUUUUUAGAAAAUAA